AUGGGAAUCGUUACAGAUGCGAUGGUAAGACGAGCAUCAAAACGCGACCGAUGUUCGGAAGUCGUGAAGAAGCCAAAGCUUGACAAUCACCGUUCACAAUGCUACGCUUCAUUCACUUGCAUCGACUGCAUGACGACGUUCGCCGGCCCUGCACAGUACAAAGGGCAUACACAAUGUAUCAGCGAGGCGGAAAAGUAUCAGAAGGGACUGUACAAGGGCCCCAAGGGCCAACAAAACGGCGGGCCGCGGAACAACGGAAAUGGUCGUCAAAAUGGGGGACCAAAUAGAUCUACGGGUACGUAUCAGCCCUGGGUACGCAAUGGUCCCUCUGGGCCCCCCCGGCCCAGCUGGGGCAUGGGCUCUAUGCGAUAUUCGGCCACUGGCGCUAACGACACACCUUUGGGCACUCCGGUGCGGAUGUCGCCUGUCGCGUCUCCAGUGUCAACUCCCCGGCAUGAUGCGGACGACAUGCGCGGAGUGAAUCAGGCAAAAUCUGAAUUGGCCGUGCCAACAACGCCUGCGGGCGACGUAACGCAGAGUAAAAAACGCAAGACACUCGCUGCAGAGAACGGUACUUCAACACAAGACGGCCUCGGCGCAGUAGCUGAACACAAAAAGAAAAAAGCGAAGACGCUAAAAGAUGAUGAAACUAUGUCAUCAUCAUCUUCGCCCGUCGAGGAUGGUGUAAAUAGUCACUCUGCGGACGGACUGAAGAGCGAUAAAAAGAGGGCCAAAAAAGAGAAAAAGGAAAGGGAUUCAGUGGAAAGCCAACACAAUAAGACAGACGAAGUCAAGGAGUCCACUGGUACAGAAGCAGCAGCCAGGGAUGGGAAAAGAUCGAGGAAGGGCAAGAAGGGAAAGGUGCAAGGGGAGGCUGAGGCUGGGAGCUCGGAAGCAGUGAAUUCAGGGGCGGUGAGCUCAGAGGCAGUGGAGGACACGAAGGUCGUUUCAGUCAAUGACUUGCCGGUGAUGGAGGGCAAGUCGAAGAAGAAACGAAAGCGGGAUGCCGAUACAGACGGAGGCGAAUCGGCCCCAGCGGCGGAGAGCGAGAAGGUUCAGAACGUCAAGCCGAAGAAGCGGAAAAAUAGAGAAGUUCCGACUGAAACAGAUACUGACUUAGUUGAUGCUACUGCAGUCUUAGAUAUCAGAGUCAAGGAGAAGAAGGAAAGGAAGAAAGAGAAGAGAAAGGCAAAGAAGGCGAGCGCGAUGGAGGCUGCCUGA